AUGGACUGGGCUGCUCAAUAUGGCCACUUGGCCAUGGUGCAAUACUUGCAUGCCUCUCGCACCGAAGGCUGCACGAAACAAGCGAUGAACUUUGCCGCGUGCAAUGGCCACCUGGACGUUGUUCGCUUUCUGCAUGAGAACCGUCGCGAGGGAUGUUCGAGGUUUGCCAUGAACAGCGCGGCCGAGUUUGGCCAUGUCGAUGUCGUUUCGUUUUUGCUGCAGCACCGACGUGAAGGAUGCAGCCGGCAAGCCAUGGACAAGGCCGCUCGGAAUGGACAUUUGGCCGUCGUCCAGCUCCUGCACACGUAUGGAACGGUCGGUUGUUCGACACAGGCCAUGGACGGCGCUGCUCGCAAUGGACACAUGGAGAUUGUUCAGUUUCUGCACGAGCACCGCGCGGAAGGAUGUACCGCGUGGGCUGUCAACCUGGCUGCCCAGAAUGGCCACUUGGACAUUGUCCAGUUCUUACGCACGAACCGGAGAUGUGCACGACGUGGGUCAUGGACGAAGCUGCCUCGAAUGGUCACUUGGACAUCGUCAAGUACUUGCACUGCCACGUUCCUCGGAGCGACUUAUGGGGGGGGCUGCACAACGGAAGCGAUGGACGGCGCCGCCGCGAACGGCCAUUUUGACGUUGUGAAGUAUCUGCACACGCACCUGAUCGAAGGCUGCACUUCGUUUGCCCUUGACAGAGCCAGGCGCAGGGGCCACACUCAAAUUGUCGACUACCUCGUCAACCACCGCGCCGUGUUAGGACUAGCGGACGAUGAACGGCAUCCAAAUUGA